AUGCUUAGGGAAUGCGAGAAAGGAUCCACUAGAGAAGCGUGUCAAGUGUUUCGACCCAGUGGAAAUCGGACGCAGGACAGUGGUAAUCAAUCCGACCAGAGCGUAGCGACAAAAGGUGUCCUGGAUAAACUUGCCCGAUCCGAAGAAAUGAUCAACACACUGAGAAACGAAAACCACAUGUUGAAAAAUGACCUGCGGGAAGCUAAACGAGUUCUGGAAUUGGAAACGGGUGAAAAAAUUGAUAAUAUUAAUUUAUGGUUAAAAUCGCUAAUUAUGGAACGAGGUGGUGGAUCAGACAGACGAGGGAACUCAGUUGGUGGAGGUUGGCGUGGUCGGCAGCAACAGAUAAGUUUGCUAAAGUCGAAAGUGAAAAGUUUGGAAUCUAGACUAAACUCUCUGUCUCCUUCGCGAUUUCCGGUGUUUUUCGGACCGAGUGAAAACACUGACAUUGCUGGUGUAAAUCAAACAUCGGGUGCAACCACUCUAGGCAUUGGGACAGCUUCUGGUAGUCAAGAUCUAUUUGUUGUCCCCAGUGGAUUCACAGAGCCACCUUUUACACAACGUCACAGUGCCAAAGAGAAGAAUAAAAUGGUAAUGAUGCUUGAACAAGAAAAUGAGAAAUUGAGAAAAGAUGUAGAGCUAUUCAAAACGAAGUAUGCUAAAACAAAAGCACGUGAAAAUAACUUGUCAACUGAAGUUCGAGAAUUUAAGAAAAAGAUGGAAACUCUUCUGGACAAAGGGCAACAUGAUGAUGAGCUCAUCACUGCAUUGGCGGAUAACAAUAAACAACUAAAAGAAAGUGUCAAACGUGAACAGGAAAUGAGAUCGAAAUUGGAACAAGAUGUACGAAAGGAAACUGAAAGUCUGACAAGCAGUUUGACACAAAAGAAGAACGAAGCAGAAAAACUAGAGAAAAUCCUCUUUCAAAAGGACGAUGAAAUUCGCGAAUUACAGAAGUUGCUCAAAAAUGUUCAAAGCUCAUCAACACUGCCACAAGAAUCGACCUUUUCGUCUGAACCGGUGAAUGAAACUAAAGCAGUAUCAAUCGGGAAAGCAGGAAACACGGAUGGUGCAAAUACGACCAAGGAAAUCACCUUAUUACAAGUGGAGCGUGAUGGAUUAAGGAAAUUGGUGGAAUCCAUGAAUGAACGUGUAGAUUUGUUGUUAGAAGAAAAUUGCAAGUUGAAAAAUGAGUUGUCUAUCCUGGAAAAUGCGAAGUCUUCAAAAGGCACUGCAUACUGGCGUCUGGCGCGGCACACUAGAUCGGACGGACUGAAAGAAACCGAACCGAAUGAAAAAUCCCACGUUGGUCAGACAAAAAUGAGCGGCAAUCACAGUGUAAAUAUGGACCAUCUACUGAAUCGUCAGUUCUUGAUUGAUGUUUUGUCUAAAUCUGCGCUCAGUGCCACCUCAGCAAACAUAGUAUCAAAACAGAUCAACGUACUCCAAUGUGCCUUGUCCGAUACGCUGAAGGAGAAUGAAACACUGAAAGAAUUGCUUGAUAAACUCCGUUCUUUGCGCCGGGAAGAUUUCAAUUUGCUCUCCGAAAUCGUUCGACAAUUACGGGCGGUCUCGGAAGAUGAAAAAGUUUGA